AUGCCGCCUGUGGUGUUCAGCUGCGAGAUGCUAGGAGAAGACGAUAGCCGUCCAUUGUAUGCUGAUGAGGAGGACCCGAUGGAUGAAAUAUACUCUCUGCUGGGAACAGUUCCGCCUACGAAGCAAGAACUUCAAGAGCUGCCACUGUGUCGCAAUACCAACCAUGUGGGACUUUCGCCAGAGUUUAGAGAGAUUGGGGGGGUUGAGGAGGAGCUGAGCGCAGGUGGUGUUGUGGUGGGCAAUGGGGAGAAAUUUUGUCGUGAUUUGCAUCACGAUGGGGAGGGAAGGGUGCACGACCCUUCAGAGCUGAGCUUGGCAGCACCAAUGGGGUCUGGGCUAGGCACUGAUUUGACUGACUACUGUGCUGCAUCUGAUGCUACUGGGUUUGAUACGCAGCAGGAUGUGAUGGUGCUGCAGCAACUGCGGCAGCAACUGUGGCAGCAACAGAAGCAGCAGCAGCAGCAGCAGCAGCAGCAGCAGCAGCAGCAGCAGCAGCAGCAGCAGCAGCAGCAGCAGCAGCAGCAGCAGCAGCAGCAGCAGCAGCAGCAGCAGCAGCAGCAGCAGAGGAAGCAGCAGCAGCAGCAGCAACAGCAGCAGCAUCCGCAGCAGCUUCCGCAGCAGCAGCAGCAGCAGCAGCAGGAGGUAGAUCCUCCCGGCUCUUCCAGCAAUUGCCAGCGCCAUGUUGUUCACACGCCAAUGCAAGCAGCAGCUCAGCCCUCAACCCCACACAUCGCACUCCUGACCGACAACUCACCCGCUGCAGCAGCAAUGGCUUAUAGGGGCUCGCAGGCCGGGGGGCUGUGCUGCAUAGAUCAGCUUGCAGCGUUCCUGACCGCAGCAGAGCACGGAGUGAGUGGUGCAUUGGCCCAGCAGGAAAUGUCUGGGCCCUUGAUUCCUGCGCCAGUGUUUGCAUUCCUGGGGGGAGCAAGCACCAUCCGUGUUUCAGACUUUGUAGCCGUUGACGUGCAAAAGGAGUUACAGUCGUGGCUCGAAAGCGCAGCUUAG